AUGGAGUUGGAGGUGGAGCGGCUCCGUGAGCGGAACGCGCAGCUGCGGGAGGAGAACGCGGAGCUGCGGACGCGCCUGAACCAGGAGCGGCUGCACAUCGCCGCCGACGGCAUAGAGAAGGAGCGCAGGGAGCUGGAGGUUGACUUUUGCCGCGAGCUCAUCCGGGAGAGGGACGAGCAUGCGACGAUAUUAGCGCUCCACGACGAGCUCACCCGGCUGAACCGCCAGUGCGCCGUCUACGCCGAUGCCCUCGAGGAGGCCCGCGGGAACUUCGUGGAGAUGAAGCGGCUGUACGGCGAACUGAACCACCUCCUGGACCAGUGCAACCGGGCGGAGCGCCCGUGA